AUGAACUUCAUUAAAUGUCACUAUUGCCCCCAGAAAUUUAAGUACCACAGUCAGAGGAAACAACACGCUAACAGAGAGCAUUGUUUGAGUACGCCAGAUAAAUACGCGUGCGACCAUUGUGGCCGACAGUUCAAUAGGAAGAACGCGUUAGCAGAACACAUGCAGGCUGUCCACGUUAAAAGAAAAUGUCUUCAUUGCGACAUGAGGUUCGCUCGCAGGGAUUAUAUGUUCCACAUGAAUGAAGAGCACGGUGUCGCUAUGCCGACCUGCGGGAUCUGUGGUCACAGAACUCUGUUACAGAGCGCUCUUGUGCGACACCAGAGAAACGUGCAUUUGAAAGAGAGAGACAAACAGUGUUCGCUUUGCCCGAAGACCUUUUGUACGCGUUCGAACUUGAAGGAGCAUAUGGUGAGUCAUGAGAAAGAGAGGGUUCAUAAAUGCGACGUGUGCUCGAAGAGUUUCGCCAGACGAGGCUGUUUCACGACCCACUACAGGAUACAUACCGGCGAGAGGCCGUUCUCUUGUGACGUUUGCAAAGCGUCUUUCGUGCAGAGAGCGAGCCUCCGAUUUCACAUGAGGAGCAGGCAUCUCGAACGGCCAUAA